UACAGUUUGCAGAAAUAUUCAACAUUAUUAACUAUGAUAAAUCCUUGUUUUCCACUGGGAACGACACAAUAAUUUACAACGCAAUGAUAACGGCACACGUUUAAAGAUAAAACCGAUUCCUCGCGAGAUUAGUGUGAUAAAAACUGCGGCAGUAGUGGACGUUAUAACAGACUACAUUUAUAAUUAGAAAUUAUGUUCCAGUGCACAGCGAUGUUUGUGUUUAUUCUUAGCAUUGCUGGACUCAUUCCUAAUGUGCUACCAGAGACCUGUUUCUACCAGCGGUGUCUGGGUUGCUACCCAGGGCAGACAGUGGCACCAGGUAACCGAGUGGAGUGCCAGCCUGCCAACUGGGUGUCAGCUACAUGGGUACAUAACUAUGGACAUCCGCCACCGAGCACAGACUCCCGGAUCCCAAUUGAGUAUAGGUGUUUGAAGAUGGUAGCAACGCCUGAUGAUAAAACUUUUGGCAACACAGUGGAUACUCUCCGAGGUUGUGUACCACGCGCGCAAGUUGAUUCAGUCUGUCUUGGUCUACUCGCAGUAGAGAGAGCACGUGGCCAUAGUGACGCUCGUUGCUUCAUCUGCAACGGCAACGACUGCAACUCAGCGACGCAUACAACUACAUCCUUACAAGCAACAAUAGCAACUAUACUACUCUACUUCGUCCUUAGGUGAACCAAAUAAAACAAUUUUUAGUAAACAGUUAAUUUAAUGACAUAGAAUUCUCAAAUAAUUUUAUUUUUAAUACAUUCAAUUUUAUUGUACAUUUUAUAA